AUGGUGUUCAGGUCCCCGCUAGAGCUUUAUCCCACCCAUUUCUUCUUGCCAAACUUCGCCGCCGACCCGCACCACCGCUCCCUCCUUCUCGCCAGCGGCGGCCACGAGUCCAUCCUCCGCGCCCGGGCGGUGGUGGCCUUCCACACGGGCAACUUCCGAGACCUCUACCACAUCCUGGAGAACCACAAAUUCACCAAGGAGUCCCACGGCAAGUUGCAGGCCAUGUGGCUCGAAGCGCACUACCAGGAGGCCGAGAAGCUAAGGGGUCGCCCGCUGGGGCCGGUUGAUAAAUACAGGGUGAGGAAGAAGUUUCCGCUGCCCAGGACCAUUUGGGAUGGCGAGCAGAAGACGCACUGCUUCAAGGAGAGGACUCGCAGCCUCCUGAGGGAGUGGUACCUGCAGGACCCUUACCCCAACCCCAGCAAGAAAAGGGAACUGGCUCAGGCCACGGGGCUCACCCCCACGCAAGUAGGCAACUGGUUCAAAAACCGAAGGCAAAGAGACAGAGCAGCGGCGGCUAAAAACAGGUCACCCGCUCCUGCUCUCGGCGCCCACAGAGGGGAGAAGCUGCCCCUGCCUUCCUCGGGGGCCGGAGCCAGGCCACCACUUCCUUUCCCACCCAGCAAAUGGCGAAAGCACCACAUGGACAAGGCCAAAGAAGCCGUCUCUCUGCAUAGCAUCAGCUACAAGAAGGUUACAGAGUCUGCCUAG